AUGUUUUUCUCCAGCCUGCACCUGCGCAUGGAGCCACAGGGCAUUUCAGAGGCCAUGCUUGUUCCCUUCAUAAUUAUCAAAAUCAUACGGAGGUUUUUCUUUCAUCAUCUUCUCAACAACGCUCCAGGGAUUUGUCCAAAGAUCACCUUUGAGUCCACUCAAGGAGAUAGCAGACUCAACAACAACAUGAGGAAAACAAGAACAAAGUACUGGCUUCCCCUGUCCUUCUUCUUUGCCAUCCAAGAGAUCAACCAGAAUCCCAGGCUCUUGCCCAACAUCACUCUGGGCUGCAAUAUCUAUGAGAACUUUUUUCGUGGAAGGAUAACGUACGAAGCUUUGGUAGACCUGGUCUCUUCUACACAGGCGAAUGUUCCAAACUACAACUGCGGAGGACAGAAUAAGUUGAUUGCUGUUCUGGAAGGGGCUGACUCUGACUCUCAGAACUCCAUCCAGAUUUCAAGCAUGUUGAGCAUCUAUAAAAUGCCACAGGUCAACUAUGCUUUUGCCUCCCAUGUUCUGAAUGACAAGAGGCAGUUCCCCUUUUUCUAUCGGACGGUCCCCAAAGAAGAGGCCCUGUACCCAGCAAUUGUCAAGCUUCUCCAUCACUUCAGAUGGACGUUCAUUGGUCUCAUUGCUCCAGACACUGACAAUGGAGUGAAGUUCAUGAAGACAUUGACCCCUAAGUUUUGGGAGAAAGUUUUUACUUGUUCCUAUUUGGAGCAUAAAUUGUCAGUGAAAAGCUGGACAAGAUGCCGAGAAAGAAAGGAACUGAAGGUGCUGCCCCAAGAUCACCUGGAAAGACUUUUAUCUCUAAACAGCUACAGGAUUUACAACAGUGUCCAAGCUGUGGCACGUUCCUUAAAUGCUGCAUAUUCCUCUAGAUCAAAGUGGAGGUUGAAGGACAGUCUGGAAGUUCAAAGGCUACAGCCAUGGCAGCUCCACUCUUUCCUGGGAGACGCCCAAUUUUACAAUUCUUCAGUGGACGGAGUGUAUUUGGAUGAGAACGAGGAACUGGCAGCUGACUUGGACAUUGUGAACUGGGUGGUGUUUCCCAAUCAGUCCGGCCAUAGGGAGAGGAUUGGGAGCAUCAAUAGACAGAUAUCCCUUGACCUAAAGUGCACCAUCGACCAGAAUGCCACUGUGUGCCCCAAAUGGCUCAACAAGCCCCUGCCUACUUCCAGGUGUGUGGAAAGUUGCCAGCCUGGAUUCUUCAAGGUAGCUCAGGAAGGAAUGCUGCUCUGCUGCUAUGACUGCGUUCCCUGUGCGGAAGGAACUAUGGCCACUCAGGAAGAUGCAGAGCAUUGCACCAGGUGUCCAGAAGAUCAGCAUCCAAACAAGGCCAGAGAUCUAUGUUUCUACAAGAUCAUCACCUUCCUGGCUUAUGAAGAACCUUUGGGGAUCUUCCUAGCUUCCUUUGCCCUAUUCUUAUCCUUAACCACAGGUGUUGUGCUAGGAAUAUUCAUUACAUUCCGAGAAACUCCCAUAGUCAAAGCCAACAACAGGAACCUCUCCUACAUCCUCCUCAUCUCCCUCCUGCUUUCUUUUUUGUCCUCCUUGCUCUUCCUUGGAAGGCCAAGGAAAGUGACCUGUCUUCUCCGACAAGUGGCCUUCAGCAUCAUCUUUUCAGUUGCCAUCUCUUCUGUGUUGGCAAAAACCAUCACUGUGGUGCUGGCCUUCCUGGCCACAAAACCAGGGAACAGGGUGAAAAGAUGGCUGGGGAAAAGUCUGGCCAACUCCAUUGUCAUUUUCUGUUCCAUUGUCCAAGUUGUCAUCUGUACCAUCUGGCUGGGAAUCUCUCCCCCCUUCCCAGAGUCUGACAUGAGCUCCCAGGCUAGAGAGAUCAUUCUGCAGUGCAAUGAAGGGUCUGUUGCCAUGUUUUAUGCUGUCCUUGGCUACAUGGGAUUCCUGGCCUCCAUCUGCUUCACAGUGGCUUUCCUAUCUAGGAAGCUGCCUGGGGCCUUCAAUGAAGCCAAGCUGAUCACCUUCAGCAUGCUGGUCUUCUGCAGUGUUUGGGUCUCCUUUGUGCCCUCCUACCUGAGCACAAAAGGGAAAUACAUGGUAGCUGUGCAGAUCUUCUCUAUAUUGGCUUCCAGUGCUGGGCUUCUGGGCUGCAUCUUCAUUCCCAAGUGCUACAUGAUUGUACUGAGGCCUGAUCUGAACACAAAGGAGCAUCUGACAACAAAAACUGGUUCUUAA